GGUGAAGCACUAUCCUUCGAAAAACCAAGCAUAAAAUUAUAAAUAGCUGGUACUAAAAAAGAACAUGAGUUCAUAAAAUUAAAAUAAAAUAUCCUAUUUUUCAAGCAAUCCACUUUUUCGUUUUGCCUCUUGUAUAAUCAUUGUCAAGCCUUUCGUUCGUAGUAAUAAAUAAUAUUUUAAUCCUGUUAAAUUUUUCUCACGUGCAUAUUUCAUACUUGCUAAUCGUUUCGUUUCUGUAUAUAUUGUGCCUUCACAUGUCAUAACAGUCUAUAAGGAAAAAAAAACAAAUUUUUUAUUAAAAAGAAAUCUAAAUCAAAUAGGUAUCUCAUACAUUAAAAUAAUAAUUAUCUGAAUAAUCAUUAAGAAGUUUUUGAAUAUGAUGUUCUAAGAUUUCCUGAUCCUUUUCUCAGAUAUGACGUAAAAAAAUUGAUUCAGUAAAGAAUCAUGAUCAACAAACCAAGUACUGGUAUUAAACUAAGUGAAUGUUUGCCAAAAAUUUUUGUACCCUAUCGAUAUAAAACAUAUGGGUUGUUGGAAAAAUCACGCAUUUAAUUGGUAAAAAGUGGAGUCUAUUCGAAUGAUUACAGUAAUAUCAAUAAAGUGUGGAUCAUACCUAAUAGUUAAUGAUCUAAAAUGGAAAGUCAAUGGUAACUGAAUUCUUAUACGAUUACAGUCACAAUAUCCUGAGAGAUAUGUAGGAUGUGGCAGAACAAAAAAGCAUUAUUAGUAAUUUUGAAAAAAAUAUCUUCAUCAAUUCUCAUUGUUCGAACAUCAGCCUUAUUUCAGAAGAUGUCGAAUGCAAAUUUCUACGACUCUAUUCUUCAAACUUGUCCAAUUUUCUGACAUUUGUAACGUUUGAAAAGCUCUAUUAUUAAAUUCAAUCAGAAUGUCUUUUGUAUCAGUAACUGUCAUAUAGAUUGAUUAUUACUUUUCCAAAAAUCACGUUUAUAAAUUAGCAAUAUCGGAGCACUGAGAAAAUUUGCAUUAAUCAAGCAAAAAGUAAUAUUUUCAAGUUCGAUUUGGGUGUGGGUGUGAGUGUGGAGUGUUGAUGUUGUAUUCGACAAGACCCACACCCACACCCUAAAAAUGUAUAAGACGAUUGUUUACACAUCAGAUCUUUAUCUUAAUUAAGAACGAUAACAACGAUAUUUUGAUUGUUGUGUUUGUUUAUGUGAUAUUUUGAUUAUGAUUCGAGCGAACUACCACCAAUCAGUGAUCAAAUACAAAACAGUUAAUAUUGGAAUCUCAAUUAAUAUAUUAUUAUUAAUAUAAAAAUAACAACACAAAAAUUUUCCAUUGGUAUAUCUCACUAGUGUAGAAAAUAUUUACCUUUGUCUAAUGUUCUGUAUUCUUCUGUUAUUUUUUCGGUGUGUCAGUUAGGCCUUUUUCCUUUUAUAUACUUGGUACUUAUUAUGAUGACGAUCCUUCAAAAUAAAUAGCGUUGGCUGACAUACACGAUAUGAUAAUGUAGGAAUAUUUAUCUUUGUGAAAUUGUAGAGAAACGCAUCAUCAUCGUUUUCUCUUCUUAAAAGGGUGUGGGUCUUCUCUUCUUGAUCAUCCACAUCCACACUCUCAUUAUACUUGAACUGUUUCUCUUAUUUGCGCUGUAACUAAGACAUACGAAAAUAAGUGGUAAUGCACAUGUUUGGCAAUCAACAUCGUCUUUUUUCCCCACUUUUCAAGACGAAAAAACAAGCCACUACUCAGAGAAAAUUAUGCUACAGUGACCAUUAUUUACAAUGUUGUCGCAAAUUUUUCAUCUGUACUGUGCAUGCAAAUUCUUCAUGCACUUUUAUGUAGCUCAGCAUAAAGAAGAACAAGGAGAGGAGUGGUAUGUGACCUAUACGAAACAAAAAUUGCAGUUUUUUUGUUUAAGCAGGAGAGCUUUGCAUUAAUAAAAACUCUUUACUGUGUAUAAAAGAACGCGAUGGCACUGCUUCAUUGAAAUACAAAGUUUUUUUUUGUUCUUUUCAGAAAUAAUUUUUUGAUUCACUUUAUUCAUGAAGUAAUUGAAAGCUCUUGGAAUGAAAAAUAAUGAAAGUAGAAGUGCAUGAAAUUAGUUCGUUUGAGGUGGAGAACACGCCAUUAAAAAGACUUUCUAUAAGAGAAUAUUCUACUACUCUAAAUACUAUUCUUCAUUAUUGACCCAUCAUAAUAGUAAAAAGUACAAAGAAUCAUUUUCAGAUUGCUGUUUUCUUUACUAAUACACCAAUCAGAAUAAGUGAGUCAAUCAAUUCAACUCUAAUUGUACAGACGUCAUAAGAACAUGUAAGCCAAUUCUAGAAGUUGGGUCCGAUCUCUACGCAGCAAGUAAUCAGAAAUGAAGCUGAGUUUUGGUAGCAGCUGUAUGCCGUAGUUGUGAAAAGUGCAAAUACCUCUAUAGUAGUUUCUGUUUUCAAUCUCCAGUAGUUGUAAUCGUUUAAUGUGGAUAUUAAAAACAAAGUUAACUGUCCCUACGAAGAAUGACGUGUGUCAGAUAGAAAAUCAUAAAUUGAUGGGUAAAGAUAUGUUUCUCAUUCAAAUAUCAGUGCUUGAAAAUCACUAGAAUUCGAAAAUGUUUAUUAUGCUAUUAUCGAAGCAUUAGAUAUUUCUUCGAAAUAUUUAAAUAUUAAGAACUGUUUAGUAGUUCUAGAAUCAAAUCAUGUUUGCAAGAGCACUGAAUUUCACUUUUAAACUGGCAAAGUUAAGUUUGAGCUGUUCAACUUGUUAUUUGUUUGUUUGCUAGUAGUAACGAUUACGAUGGAAAUUUUUACAUUCAGCUAGUGUUUAUUUAAUUUUGUGAGAUAAGAUAUAUUAAGAAAAUCUAAAAAUUCUAACAAUUAUUAUCAUUGAAAAGUCGAUGUGUUGAAAUCUCGAAAAAAGAAACAAUAAAAUAGUACGUGCUCCACUUGAUGAAAUAUAUUUGAUAUAAAUUGCAGAUGUACAACUGAUUUAGCUUUGUUGUUAACUAUUAAUUUAAUUUUCUAUACAUGUUGUGUAUGAUUGUGUUUCAGUCCAUUAAUAACAUCAAAUUUAUGUUAAAGAAAAGUCUGAAGUAUCUGUUUAUAGUUUCUAUUCAACGGAAUUGUGUUUUUCGAUCACAUUCACUUAAUGUUCUAUAAUAUCGAUCAUUCUAUUUAUUAAAACACAACGACGUAUUAAUCUCGGCAAUAAGAUCUGUCACACAAAGAUUGAGCAUAAAUUUUCUCGGAGAGUCUUAGUUACCGUCAAGUGAAAGAGGGUUGAAUAAAAAUUUGAUGUUUACAUUCUCAUUUAUUGAAUUGUAAAUUUCAUUCUUUUGAAUACUGAUUUUCAAUCAAUCGUUCUAAACAAAUAAAAUAAAAGAAACUAUAUAAAUAUCUUGAAAUGAAUUUUGCAUAAACUUUCAAAAUAUUAAAAGAAAAAAAUACGGUAGUAUUGUGUUUCUUCAGCUCUGAAUCAGUGAAGAAAUCAGUUAUAGCAAGAAAGUAAACGACUGAAAAACUAUUCGGUCAGUCAAAAACAGACAACAUUAGUUUACCAAAUUCAAGCAAAUCCAUUAUUGAAUAACUUGCCUGUUAUGCCAUCGAAAAACUCGAAAUUUGAUCCAAUGUACGGUCAACGACACGACCGGCCGUUAGAAACUGAACCGCGGAGGUAACAAGAAAUUACAAAAUUUGAAAACUGUCAAAUCGUCAGCAAAUGAAUUUCAGGAUAUUCAUGAAAGAGAAAAAUCUUUUCCGUUUAAAUAAUUAAAUCUACUAAAAAAAAUUAAACUUGCAUUCGUAUUUCUCAUAAGAUAUAUAGUUUUGUCAUUAAUGUGUUCUCAGCUUCUAGCUUUACUUAUAUUCUCAUUAGAUACAGUUUAAGAUUCAUAUUUCUGCAAGUUAUACGGAUGCUCUCGUUUGAUGUCUAUUUUAAAAUAAGAAAUGUUGGUUGCUGUUUCUUAAUGGUAAGAAAUAAUAAUCGGAAGAUAUGAGAACGUAUUAAAUAUGCAAAAUGACAUAUUUUUAUUGUUGCGUUUAAGCGACAGUAUCUUUGUAGUUAUCUAAUAUUUUUUUGAAUCAUCUAAAAUUAUGAAAUUGGAUUUCCCAAAAUACAUCAAUGAAUUUUCUUUUGCAGAAAAUGUCGGUGUAUUUUAUUGAUGAAUAAUAGAGCAUAUUUUAUUGGUUUGGUAAUUGGUUUACUGUUAGCUGCGAAUGCUCUAGCAGUGGUUCUUUCGUUUUGGUUGACAUCUGGUAACGUGACAGAUUCCAUGUCAAAUUAUAGCGCAGGUAAUCACAAAGAAAAUUAAUAGGUACGAGGAUAAGGUGUCAUCGUGUAUAUGCAAUUAAUGCAACGCUUGACAUGCACAUCCAUUCGAAAGCUUGCCACUUAAACCAUGGCAAAUCUAAUUUUCCUAUAAAGUAAAAUUGCUAAUUUAUUAGUAGAAAUAAAAACAGAUUCGUUCUUUAAUUUUUUUAAUCUAAACGCUAUUUUUAAACUAAAGCAGCAACAUCCACAACAAUCGCCAAUACCACAACCGCAACCACAAUCAGCACCACAACAACAUCAAUAA